AUGUCCUCCUCUAGACGAAACAGCGGAGAUCACGAAGGGGACUCCUUCGACGAUGCCCCCGAAUCACCCGAUACUCACAACAACCUCACGGUUUCCAUCCCCCAGAGUUCUUCGACCCGUUCCUUAACAGACAGCCCUCCAAGUGACUCGGCGUCCACUCCUCAGCAGACCGAAGUUCCGGCGUUACCAUCAGAACCUCAUGGAGAGAAUAACCAGAGUGAAGAGGAGGUCCAUUCGGACCACCAGUCGGAGGCCGAAACCCCGCGUAAACAGAAAGCGCAGAAAUCUCCCCUCCUGACCGCCCACCGACUGUCCACGACGUCUCUGGACGAUGUCAAUUUGGCUGGCGGGAGUAAGGACGACGAGUCGGAGUGGCCCAAACCCGAGGGCCUGGGCGCGGAGACGAAGAACGACGCUACUGCGGCGGUCCCUUCUAGGGAUUCCGUAUCUACUCAGAACUCGCAGAUCCAGGGCCCACCGGCCAAUUCACCGCCGGAAAAUAAACUUCCAGCUCCUGCACCGCCUGCGCCUCUCACCCGGAAACUCACCGGUCCGUUUGCGUGGCUUUCACGGAGCUCAACGUCGAGUCGGGAGGUCAAAUCGCCGCCUCCGCAAACAGGCCGCCGGAACACUGCUGCUUCUAUCUCGACGAUUUCCAGUAACCCUGAAUUGGCAGGCCGAUCAAACGACGAGGACGCGGACGGAAACCGGAAACCGAGGCGCAACAGUUUGAAGGAUCAGUUCAAGCAGCUCAGAAUGCGAGAAGAAGGGCUGGCAACGGAAAAUGACGAAACAAGUGUCACGUCUGGACGUGCAAGCAACAGUCACUCCGCCGGAAGUCCUCCCAGCAUCCCCGAAGAGGGUGAGAACGGUUCGGCGGCGGCGCCUCGUGCUGUGUCGCCCGCGGCCUCGCCGCCCAACGGAACGUCCACGAUCAACCCCAACCUCGCACCGGGAACCGUAUCCGGGUUUUCGACCUCCGCGACCGACGCAUCGGUACCUGUCGACUGGGAGCUCUGGCAGCAACUAGUCAAUAACGGCCCGCAGGCGUUGAAAGGCACCAAUUCCGAAGAGUUGAACGCCGCCAUCAAGCGAGGCAUUCCACAAACGAUUCGAGGGGUAAUCUGGCAGAUUCUAGCCGACAGCAAACCUGUCGAGGUCGAGGAGACGUACAGGGAGCUUGUCGCGCGCGGUACGGAUAAGGAAAAGCAGCUGACUCCCAAUGGCACCGGUGAGAAGGACUCGGCUGCCUCUUCAUCGCGAUCAUCUAUCCGAUCGGAGAAUUCUGCUUCCAUCGCUCAUUCAAACGCUGGGUCCUCUCCGAGCCCCUCCCAAGAGUUGGAUCCUGAGAAGUUGGCAAAGGAGCAAGCGGCCAGCGAGACCGCCCGGAAGAAGAAAGCCAAGGACGAUGCUGCGGCGCUGCAGAAGCUGGAGAAAACGAUCCGCCGGGACUUGGGCGCUCGGACUAGUUAUUCGCGUUACUUUGUGUCGCAAGGGAACCAGGAAGGCCUAUUUGGCCUGUGCAAAGCAUAUGCCCUGUACGACGAGGCCGUCGGGUACGCCCAAGGCAUGAACUUUAUUGCGAUGCCAUUGCUAUUCAAUCUGGACGAAGUCGAGGCGUUCGCUCUUCUCGUGAAGUUGAUGAACCAAUACGGGCUGCGUGAGAUGUUUGUUCAGGAUAUGCCUGGACUCCACCGCAGCCUGUACCUCUUUGAACGCUUCCUCGAGGACAUGGAACCUGCACUCUGCUGUCACCUUCGCCGGCGAGGGGUCAAUCCACAGCUGUACGCCACGCAGUGGUUCCUCACUCUCUUCGCCUACCGUUUCCCCUUGCAGUUGGUCCUUCGCAUCUACGAUCUCAUCUUCGAAGAAGGCCUGGAGAGCACGAUCCUGAAAUUCGCGCUCGCCAUCAUGCGCAGAAAUGCGGACGCUCUGCUGGAAAUGAAAGAUAUGACGCCAUUGACGGUCUUCUUGAAGGAGCGCUUAUUCGAUACCUACAUCGACAAACAGCCUUCCGCAUCUUCCAUACUUGAAUCGGGGUUCUUUGGCAGCUCCGGAUCCGCCGACAAAGAGAUCUAUCGGGCGGACAUCCUGGUGCAAGACGCCUGCGCCGUGACCCUCGAGCCGGGGCUGAUCCGCGCCUACACCGCCGAAUGGGAGGAAAAAGAGCGAGCCGAGAAAGAGCGCGACGCUGAACUCGACAACCUCCGACACACGGCAUCCGCCCAAAGCGCCCGGAUCCGGCUCCUGGAAGAACAGGCCGAGGCAUCGGACAAGGAACAUGUCCAGCUUGCGUCGGAGCUCGUCCAUGUCAAGGUCGAAAACGAGGAACUGACCGAUCUGAACGACGCCAUGAAGAUGCAAGUGACCGAACUCAAGAUUGUGGUGGAUAAACAGCCCCAAGAGGUGGAGGAGAAGCUCCAGACCGAGAUGGAUCGGAUCAUGAAGCGCAACGUGGAAGUGCAGAACGAGAACCGUUCCCUGGUGGAGCAGAUGGCCGAGAUGGAACGGGAGCUGGUGGAAGCGAAAAUGAAAUGGGCGGAGAUCCACGAGAACCACGAGAACUUGAAACAGAAAUGGAGUGAUCUCCGCAAAGCUCUUGGCUAA